UUUGUGAGGAGCGGUCUCUUCAGCUACUUACGGGGAAAAUAUUAUUACUAUGCGUUAAGUGGUUUCGUGAGUAAUUUCAAAUGAUAAUGGUGACAGUUUAUUAUUUUUUAUUUAUUUUUAAAUAUUCCCGUGCGAAAAACGAGUAUUCACCUAGUAUAUUAUAAAAAUGUAUUCAAAUUCAAUUCUGUUCAUUUCUAUGAUAAAUUAAAAUCGAGAAAAGUUUUAUGUGGAAAUUUAGUACCAGACUGGUGACGUUGUAAUUAAAAAAAAAACGAUAAAUGUUUCUGAAAAGCUUUUUACCUUGGAUUUUAUGAUAUGAAAUUAUGUUUAUGUAAAGCACGCAAUGCAACAAGUUAGCAAUACUAUCUGAUGAACUACGUUAGAUCUAUGACUGAUAUAUUUGUUAAAAUAUGGACUAUUUUUUACGCUGCCUUUAUUUUAAUUCAUUGCUAUAGUUUAUCAUCACUAAAAACUUUUGAAACAAUUUUUGCGGAUUUAUAAUCAAACUUCAAAUUUGUUUACCUUAUUUUAUUUUAUUGAUCAUGAUGUUUUUCAAUUGGACAAAAAGUGCAUAAAUAGAAAAUGAUUAAAAUGGAAAACAAAAUCGAACAUUUAUCAAGUCAUGCCAUUUACCAGCGGAGAUACUUCAUAGCAUUUUUGUUUUUUCUCAGUCUCGUUGUAUCACAAUCGCAGCGUUUAAAUUUGAGUUUUGCAUUAGUGGACAUGGUGAAUGUUACUGAACAUCAUUCAAAUGGUUUGAAUACAACUGAAUGUCCUGACCUAAGAAAUGACACUGGUACAAAAAAUGAAAAUGCAGAGUUUUCUUGGGAUGCGGAACUUCAAGGACUGAUCAUAAGUUCUCAAUACAUUGGAUAUUGCAUCGCGCAGUUUCCAGGAGGUCUUUUAUGUGAACUAUUGGGUGUUAAGAAAAUGAUAUUAAUCAACAUAAUUAUUGGUUCGUUGUGCAACUUACUCUCACCAAUUGCAGCUAGAACAGAUCCAUAUUUGCUUUUUGUUGCACACCUCAUAAAAGGAGUGGGGCAGGGUCUACCUCUUGCUGCUCAGGCACUUCUAUCAGCUCGAUGGUUCCCGAAACCUGAGAAAGGAUUCCUUUCUGCAUUCGUCUUAUCAGGUUAUCCUUUGGGAGCUUUUCUAGGGAGUGCAAUAUCUGGCCCAGUGUGUGCUUUAGAGCUUGAUGGUGGUUGGCCUUUGGUUUUCUACAUUUUUGGUUUUUUUGGAAUUUUUAUAAGCAUUUUUAUUAUGAUAUUUUAUGUUGAAAAACCAACUGAUGAUCCUAACAUAUCAGACAAUGAGCUGAAGUAUAUCUUAGAAAAUAUAAACUCAAUGGAUACAGUAAAACGUCCUCCUACACCAUGGGGUGAGAUUAUGGCUUCAGUCUCAACUUACUCUUUAAUAUUAGCAUUGUUUGGACAGAAUUGGAUGAGUUUUUACUUUUUGUCGGUCCAUCCAUUAUACAUGGACACUAUUCUUAAGAUACCUAUAAAAGAGAAUGGAUUGCUAACAUCAGGACCUCAUUUUGCACAACUUGUUGCAGGCGUCACAGUCUGUCUGUUUUCUUACUGGAUAAAUAAAAAUGAUACUUCUAAAAUAAAUAUAGCUAGAAAAGGAUGCAAUUCGUUUGCUGUGAUAUUGUUUGUUUUUGGACUCGGCGGUAUAUAUUUGUCAGGAUGUGAUAUUCUUUGGAAUGAAUUCUUUCUUAUCCUCUCUACUGCAUCAGCAGGUUUUACUUUUGGAGGAUGUUUGAUAGUUGCUGUUGACAUGACGCCAACAUAUUGUGGUCCUCUUUUUGGAUUGGUAAGCACAAUUGCUAGCUUAUCUGGAUUUAUAAUACCGAUUCUAUCUGGAAAAUUAACAAAAGAUGAGCAAACAAUGGCACAGUGGCACAAAAUGUUUUUGAUAACAGUUGUUGUUGUAACUUUGAAUGGUGUGGUGUUUCUUCUUUGGGGUUCAACGAAGAUCCAGUCUUAUGAUCCAGCUUACCAGAAAGAAAAAGCUUCCAAACAUGAAAUGAAUGAAGCAGAAAUUACUUCUACGCUUUUAUGACAACAUCGAAAGAUUUAAAGAACACUCAUUUGGUCAAAAAACAUUUUAAAAUAAUUAUAAAGAGAUUUCUAAAACAAUUUAAUUGAACAGAAGUAUCACAACUUGUAUCUUUGUAAUAUUUUUUUAACAUUAAAUGCAAUAAACUACGUUUGCUUUUUCCAAUAA